GUGUGGUUGGAUGCGGAGUGAUGACAGUAAAACUCUUCCUGGAGAGCUUCACAGGCAACAAGAAGUACCAGUUGGAAACAUCACUCAGGCCUCUGUGGACGAUGUUGAAAAGAGAGGAUGCCUUAACCAAAAUUUCAUUACUGGAAAAAGUUGAGAAAUUUCUGAAAAGUGUAAACAAGGCAUUUGAGAAGGAAAUUGCUGGGAAAAUGGGUAAAUGCAGUCAUUGUGACACUCAGUUUGGUGAGGCUUUGGCAGCACAUUUACCUUGUGGAGACAAGAUCUGUUUGAGAUGUUUUGCUGAUAUCCAAGUGACAGAUUCAUGGGAAUGCCCCAAAUGUAGUGCUGCAAUACCUUCAUCAUACAAACCAUGCAACAGCUCAGAAGAAGACAGGGAGGUGUUUCAAGAAUAUCGUGACUACCAGAAGUGCUGCAACACUUUCCUCAUGGCUGUGGUGUCCAAGCUGUGUCUGAGUGGGAAGGAUGCCCCUGAGAGUGCUGUGGUGCAGAAAAUCUUCAGCUACAUCAUUUAUAAGGCGAGACAUGGCCAGACAGAGGGGCGACUGCAUACCAAAAAGAUGUCUGUAUUCAGUGACACAAUUGAUUCCACACCGGUGGUUAGAUCCUUUCUUCUUCAACUUCUCAUACGCAAAAGUGAAGAAACUGUGCAGGACUACCUCCAGGAUUUCUUCUUGCAAGCCAAAGCCCUGUGUGAACAAGGGACAGAUGAGACGUCUCAGGAUACUAUAGACAGAAUUGUUCAGUUCAGUCUUCUUGUGAUACACUGCUUUGAGGACCUGUAUCAUGAAAGAGCAGCCAGUGUUUGUAGUCCAGAUGAAGAAAUGAAGAUGGCAAGAUUCCAUCUUGCUGAAGCCAGACAAUUCAUCAUGGUGAAAGAACUUGACAUGGCGAAGAUGUUUACUGUAGCCAAAUGUCGUUAUGGCCUGUCAGUUGCUGCUAAGUUCUUACAUGCAGUGUUAGUUCAGAAGACUCUUUCUCAGUCAGGACCAUUUGACCAACUGAUCCAGGAAGUGACAGAUCUGUUGGACUUUAUCAGGAUGGACUGGCCAAAGAAAUUUCUUGUGAAGCAGAUUUGUAGAGAAUUUGGCACUGACAGCUAUCAGACAAUCUGUAGAGCAGCUGGAUGGCUUGCCCUUGACACAACAAAUGAGAUUAUUGAGUGUCCAGACAGAUACUUGGUGUGCCCACUCAGCUAUCAGAAAAUCAGAGAAGCUGUGGCCAAAACUCUCCUUGGACAAAACAUAAAGCCACUGAAAUCAUUGGUUAAGAAUAAUGAAAUGUUAUUCCUCCUGGCACUGCACAGAGAAGUUACCAUGAAAAACAUCAACCCAAGCAGUGAAACUCCUAUACUGCAGAAGUCUUCACACAAGAUAACUACAUACAUACAGAAUGCCAAUGGAACCAUGAAAGCAAAAGAACUUGCUCUGAAGCUGCUGAAGAAUGAGUUUGGUAGACCUGGCUCCCCCCUGAACGUCACAGAAGGACAGGGAGUGAGAGACCAGAGUCUGGUGUGCCUGCUGCUACACACACAUCUCGUUCUGACACACUUCAACAACAAGCCAGGCUUUCUGAAACCACUUUCCGAUCUCAUACUGCAUCCAGAAGACAUGGUGGACAAGUUUUUGCCUACAAUGCCACAGGAUGAUACAAUGUUGUACCAUGAGAUACUACUGAGAUCAAUGAAGGAUGCAGACGAAACUGUGAAAACAUUCAACUGCCCAAAUGGACAUACAUAUGUCAUAACAGAGUGUGGGCGACCAUACACAGCAGGACGUUGUAAUGAGUGCGGGGAGAGAAUUGGAGGCAGGGAUCAUGCUGCAUUUGAUGGAAACACACCUCAUGAUGGGCAGGACCAGACCCGUCCUGGUCAUGUUCUUGGAAGAGCAGCAGACAGAACCAAUGCCUAUGCAGGUGAACGCAGACUGGGAGGAGCUGUCUGUGCUGUACUGCGUUUCUUCACUCAUGCUGCUUUACUUUUGGGAGCAGAGAACAGCCCAGAGGCCACAUCAGCUCUAGUCUAUCCCCAACUACAGCAGGAUGUCAGACAGUUUUUCUUGGAACACCUCCAGAAGGACCUUCAGAUCAUCCACAUGGCCACAGGAAAAAGUGUAGAUGAUGUCUUCCUCCUCCUACACUUCAUCUGCCAUCAGAUUUCUCAAUCAGACAAGCCCCGGAGAAAUGAUGGAAGAAUCCUGACUGACAAGUCCAAAAGAGAGAAUUGGGAAGAGGAGUUUUCAAAGACAUUUAUCAGUCCACCACUUCAAGAUCUGGAAGCUUGUCUUGAAACAUGCAAUGACAGAAUUCGAAGAGAUGAUAGAAUAGGUUCCAACAAGCUGAUGUCUGUUCUGUAUGAAGUACCACCAGUAGACAUGACCACUCCCCAGGAAGUUGACUGUCUCCACGAGUUCCCAGCUGUCUGGAGGUACCGGUCACGUAUCACAUUGGAGCAUUUCCUGAGAGAGUUUCAUCUGAAAGUAGAGAACAUCAAGGGCAAGAAUUCCAAGACUGAGGUGCUCAGUCUCUUCAGUCAAGAGCAUCAACACCUGCAGGCAUUGCACCACAUCCCUAACAUUCUCCAUCUGCAACAACUUCUUAUGGAGAAGUACAGGCAUCGCCUUGAUCUCUCUCAGGCCUGUGAAAUGACCAUCACAGACAUUUUCUCAACUGAAGAUGAGGGUUUUAAGAAGGAUGUAAAUGAGCUGAUGCCUGAUUUGGUUGCUGCUUGGGAAUGUGUCAAGGAGAGUCUGCAUGGAUGUUGGACAGUCCAUGAUGGUCUGAUACACCUGCCUGAUGCCUACAAGAACAUGAGAAUAGAUGAGAACUCUCAUCUGGCUGUCCUUCUGCCGUCCACUCAAGGGCCUGGCAUCUGCUCCUACAUGAUGCUGGAGUUCCUCUUCAGGAAGCAUAAUGAAUUCAUGGAGAGUUACUGUGAAAAGAUCAGUUCCAGCUAUGAGCGCCUGCCUGAGGUCAGCAUGAGGAAACUUCACAGCAACCACCUGGUCAGCUACCACCCUGACCGUGACCUGCUGCCCCUUGUUCUGGCCAACUGUAACUACUCCUUUGAGCUGGGGAAAGGUACCACCAUUGAGUAUGACUUUGAAGGAUUUGAGUAUCAGCUCAAAGAAGUCAUACUACAGGCCAAGUCCAGAGUGGAGCAGAAGUCGCAUGUCAUACCAAUUGACCAAAUGGUAUACAGGGCAGAUUCAGGAAAUGUAGCAGUGUUAAAGACACUUCAAGACAGAAUUCCACAGGAGCCAUUGUCUCGAGCAGUCAAGCUUCAAAUUGUGUCUGAACUAAAAUCCAGCCUGCCAGAUGUCUGUGACUCCAUCAACAACUUGGACAUCACCACCAGUUUCCUCAAGACUUUGGGAGGAGAACCAGACAAGCCACUGCAGAUUUUUAUGACAGCUGUGCUCAAAAUGAAACAGACAAUAACUAGCCAGAAGGUGCGGCAGGUUUGUGAGUUCAGGCAUGUUCAAUCACUGUGGCUUUUACUGACAUUCCAGAAGUCAGUGAUACUUGCUGAACACCACCAGGAUCCAUUCAGCAAUCUUGACAGUGAACACAAAGUAGAUCUUUGUGAGGAAGAAAGAACAAAUCUACUUGAGUUCUGUCAGAGGAAAAGUCCUGACAAGCUGGAGUUUCUCCUUCAAGAGAUGUUCGACUGUCUCUUGCUGUGGGUGGCUGUACCUGCUGACAACUCUGAUGGACCAAGUCCAAAGUCCAUGAGCCUGAAAGACUUGCUGCAAGGUCACCUGGACAGGUCACUGAACAGUGAUGAAGGUCUAGGAAUCAGAUCAAGCAGCAUUGAUCAGACCCUGACAGAGGAAGACAUUGACUCACUCCCACAAGGCAUCAAGGGCAUGCACAUUCCUAACACAUGGCUGUUGCUGCUGCAGGAGAUCAGCCGACGCAGGAAGGAGAUGUAGCUGAUGCUGAUCCCAGUGUCAAUGGAUAAUGUAUUGUACUUCAAGUCUAAAUCUUUACAACCUCUCCUGUGCAGCAUGUAUUUCAUAGCUGAUGUCCAUGGCGGGAAUAUGUGAUGUUUUUACAUACUUUUUAAAAGAAUUAUUUGUUGAUAUUUGUAUGAUAGUUGAUGAUUAGUUUUUGAAAUCUUCUUUAUCAAUCGUGAACCUUUAAACAGACAAACAGUUAUUGGUUUAAUUUACAUGAUAUAGGUUUUCAGCAUAUACUCUUUGUUGUUAUGAUUGAUGUUUUAUUGGACUACCUGUUGACCACUGAAAUCUUAACAGCUCUAAAUGGGAUACGUAACCCAGAGAGGCAGAACUUUUGAGUAACAACUUGUUAACCUAAUUUAGAGAAUAUAGGCAUUUGUUGUGUUGUGGCUUUGUAAAUAGUGGUUUGAUAAAUGCACAGGGACUGUAAAUCUAUGCAUGCAUUGACUUGUACUCAGCAUUAUCACUGAAGGGGUACCUGGUAGGUUCAGUGUCAACACAUUGACUUGUACUCAGCAUUAUCACUGAAGGGGUACCUGGUAGGUUCAGUGUCAACACAUUGACCAACAAGCAUCAAUAGGUCUGUUUAUGUUUACAAUGUCAGUAAGAGUUGAAGAACAUGGUUAUUGCUAUGUAAUACUGAUGGAGACUUUAAUGAAACUAGAAACAUGGACAACAACAAUUAAAAUCACAAAAAGAGCAAGAUUAAAGGUAAUGGAAACUACUACCCUAAACACAUGUCUGAAUGCAACCAAGUCCAUGCACCACAAGUGACAGUCAAUGUGGGCAUCAAUGGUUAAUUCCAGAUGUAACUGAACUGCACUCUUCGAACUUGAAAAUGUGACAUUUUAUCUGGUUCCCCAAUUGUGAUACUGAGUACAUAUAAUAGUAUUUUCAGACUUAUUUCUAUGAUUGGCUGUGUACAUGGAUUUGAAACUCAUUUACAUGAUAUUUCAUGCAGAGAUUAUUUUUGAUUUGACAUAGUGUACUUUCAUUGAAUUUGAAACAUGUUUUAUGAUAUUUAGAAAAUUAUAUAUUUUGCUAGUUUUUACUGUUAUGCUUUUGUAUAAUUUUCUCUUAAGGUUAUAUAUAUAUUACAUAUUAACUAUUUUGCUAUUUUAUUUCCUGUUAUGCUUCACUCAUGUUUCUUUCAAGGUUGCAGAAAGGUGCAUCACUUUUUUCUGCUUUGAUUAGUGUUUGGUCAACAGUGUUUCAUUUGCUUUCAAUAAUGUUUUUGUUUGGUGUUACAGUUUAUCAGUAACAACAUAGGAGUUUGUAAUUGUUGCUUAUGUUUUUAAUACUGUAACCUCCCAUUGUAACUAGCCCUCAGCUUACUGAAAUUAACUUAUUAAUCAAUGCACCAAAAAGACCAUCAGCAAUAUUCUCAUUUACAGCUGUUCUUCAAGAUACGUUUUAGGAGUGGUGCCUGAUUAUUUAUUCUUGAUACAAUUUUGUUGUUGAGUGAUGUGUUGAAACAUCAGUGUGUGUUAUUAGUAUUGGUCCCAUGUUUGUUGAGGUCAUAUCCCCUGUACGUGACUUCAGCUCAGUACAAUGGAAAGCUGUUGCAUUUCAAAUUUGAGGUAAAAGAAAAUUUGAAGAAAGUACAAAAAGUUUGUUUUGUUAUUCAUUUUCAGCAUUUGUUUAAGCCCAUAAGCCUGGGGAAGCUAUAAGAAAAUUUAUUAUUAAUACUGGUAAUUUGCCGUUGUGUUGGGUCACACUGAGAGUAUCGGGUGAACUUGGAGUCUCUUAAUGAUGGGUUUAGUUUUAAAAACACUUCUGAUAUUUGUAUUAAGCAAUAUUUCAUCAUUUAUAUUUCACUACUGUGUUAUGAAAGUUCCAAUUUUAGGUCGUACUGAUUGUUGGCAUUUUUUCCAAACUGUAUGUAUAGUGAUGUGUGCCGAUCAUAUGGAUGUACCUGUAUGUUAUCAUCUGUAGGUAGGUGGUAUGUACAGGCUUACCUUAGUGUAGAACCAUUAUGAUCUUCAUAUCAGUAUGGUGAUGUAUAAUGUUUAACUGUUUCCAUUCCAUCUACACAGUUAGGGACUAUAUAGUUUGUUUACCUGUACAUUUGUUAUAGAGAGGUCUUAAUACAAUGUAGAAACAACAUGUAGAAAUAACAUGUUUGUAAAAAUUAUGAAGGAUUCCUUAUGAAAGAAAUAUCCAAAUCAUCUUCAUCCUUGGGCAAUGUUACAAACACUCCUGGUUAUCAUCAGUGUCCACAUUGUACUUAUGUCUAAAAGGCAUCCAUUGUCAUGUAGUCACACACUGUAAAUAGUAGUCAGUAUCUGUGCUACAGUUAUAUACACCAGUUAUCACAAUGUCACACACUGUAAAUAGUAGUCGGUAUCUGUGCUACA